ACUGAGCAUGCGCGUGAACUUCCUGGUUUUGAUGUCACAUGACAAGAAGAAAGUCGGGCGGCCAGAAUCUCAUCACAAAAUCUACAGUCACUGUUUUUCCGCUAUCAUGAAAGGCUGAGCUUGACAGAACCAUGACGCUCCAAGCUCCUCGCACAUCGGUGUUCACCUUUCAGUCGGCCGUGCACAGCGCGCUUGUUCUCCAGAGCCUGAAUGAGCAGCGGCAGCAGGACGUCCUGUGCGACGUGACGGUGGUGGUGGAGGACCGGAGCUUUCGGGCUCACUGCGCCGUGCUGGCUUCAUGCAGCGAGUACUUUCACUGUAAAGUCACCGGAGUCAACCGGCAGAAUCCCAUCAUCACCUUACCUGACGAGGUGAGCGUGGAGGGGUUUGAACCUUUGCUUCAGUUUGCCUACAUGUCUCAGCUGCUUUUCACCAAAGAGAACAUAAACGCCGUGCAAACCAGCGCCCGCUUUUUAGGGUUUCACAACGUGGAGAUGGCCUGCUUCGACUUUCUGAUCCCAAAGUUUUCUGAUGAUAAGAGAAGCUCGGAGAGGCUCAGGCGGCACCCAGCGUGCUGUCAGAAUUGGCAGCAGGGCGCCCGUUUGGGGUCCAGGGUGGAUGGUAACCAAGCUGAGUCACUGGAGUUCCAAAUCUCAGCGCCUCCGGGAGGAGAAGAGAAAACCGAAUUUGCGUUGCCGUGCCGCCGCAGCACGGAUGGUCAGACAAACGGCGGGGAGGAGCAGUUCGACUUGGAGAACUGUGAGUCACAAAUAGCUCCCUUAUCUCUGGAGCUGGCAGCGAACGGUGUCUGCCCCAUGCUGCCGCUGUCAAAGACGGAUCCUCCGUUUUGCGGAAGUGACAUUUUGCAGAUGGGAGACGCCUGCAAUCAAAGUGAGCCGACUUUGGCUGGUUGUGGCUUUCAUUGUGAGCUGUCAGAACCACGGAUUGUGGAUCCUACAGAAAUCGCUGAACCAGCAGGUGUAGACGGUGAACAGUCUGUUGAAAUACUUGGUGCUCAAACUGCCUUCAACUCAAACUCGUGUCUACUGAAGACAUCAGGAGAUUGUGCUGCAAUUUUAGAGCAGAAUGAGGCUCACCCCGAGCAGAACGAUUCCUCAAAUGCUGCUUUAACACACAAAGACGACCGCAGCCGAGAGGAGCGGGAGGUGGCUGAACACCUAGCUAAAGGGUUCUGGUCUGAUUUGUGCCCAGCUCAGCUUCCUCAAAACUCCCACGAUCCAAUGGACCAAAACAAUAUGGCAAAAGCGUCAGAUUUCCUCUGGCUGAAGCAGCUGGAUCUCACGUCCAGCGUAGGAGACUGUCCGUUUCUCAGGGAACUGGAGACGGGCGAUAACCCCGGCACAAACGCGGACAUCUUGUCCCAGGAGGAGAUAAGUCCCUGCAUGUCGUCCUCGCUCAACUCGGCGGAGGAAUCUGAAAUGGACACAGACGGGGAUACCGAGGCGAACAACAAAAGAGCGGCAGAGAUUCAGCUUCCUUUUCCUGUCAAGCAAAUCUUAGAGCUGAGCCGGAGCGGGUUCCAGCAGCUCCUGAGGGACCACCAGCUGACCCAAGAGCAGUUCGAGUUCGUCCACGACGUCCGGCGGCGGAGUAAAAACCGAGUGGCGGCACAGCGCUGUCGAAAGAGGAAACUUGACGGCAUCCAGCAGCUUGAAUGUGAAAUCAAAAAACUGGUCAGCGAGAAAGAGCGGCUUCUGCAGGAGCGAACGGAGCUGAAGCAAAACCUGGAGGAAAUGCAACAGAGCCUGUGUGGCCUCUGCAAGAGUGUCAACAUGGAGUCAGGCUCAGAUCAGCUCCACUUCCUCUCUUCUUCUCCAGACUUUCCCUCCUCCUCCUUAAGUCUUCAGGAAAAACACAGGGAGUGUCCGAUCGGUAAAACGGUAAGUUCUUCCUCAGAGUGCGGCGGAGGUGAGGUACCGUCAGCUCCUCGCGUCUGCUCAGAGGAUCCACGCUGCCCUUCUGCGUCUUUACUCAGUGCCUGUAUGGACACGACUAACAACUUAUAACGAUCCACUGUUAUUUCAAGUCAUGCAGGAUCAUGAAGCAACCUGUUACUCUCUCACUUUAUACUGUAACCCUCCCUGACCUUGUGAAUUUUACGGCACAUUUCUGGCUGAUAUCCGUCGAUAUCCUUCCUUCAAUGUGUUUUAUUUUUUUAUUUUUUCAGCUGUACUCUCUGGGACAAACACACAAGUUUGAAUUCAAACACUUAUUGAAUCUUCAUUCACAAAUUCAUAUUCUUGGUGGUUAGUUUUUCUCAGGGAAACAAACAAAAAAAAAAUCUGACUGCAUUUUACAUCAAAGUGCACAAUCACCACACACUUGUCCACUGCAUGACAACUGUAUUAUAGUUUUUUUUUUUUUUACUUAAACCACUAUGCUUCUUAAUAAAAUGUGAGUAAACUAAUUUGUCUACAUCAGCUAACAGCUAUGUUUUGCUGCUGUUACCUUUCAAGAGUAUUAUUUUACUGCACAUUUACAGUAAAAGUGGCUUUCUUUAAAGUUGUUUUCAAAUGGUUCAAGAUUGUGUAAAAUGUGAAAGGAUAACAUAAGCCGUUGUGUUAUUUGAUUCAAAAUGUGCCUUAUGCUGCAGUAUACUAUAAAUCCAAAACAAGUUUGUUUUAAGCACUGGUGCACAUUAACCUAGAGCUAACUAAGAUGGCAUUAUCAAACAUCUUAAUAUGUCUGCAUGUUAAUUAUCUUUUUUAAAUAAAGCUAUUCUAAAAAGA